CCCGCCCAACACCACGCACCAGAUGCCGCCCGGAGAUGAGAGAGCCCCCGUGAAGCUUUCCCUGCCCCUCCAAUAUCAGCAGGAGCUCUUCCAAGAUCUGCGUGAUGAAGACCAACUGGUCAUUAUUGCGCGCGGCCUCGGCCUGCUACGUAUCGUGACGAACCUCCUGCAUUCCUACGAUGCCGCCGGCAACAACCUCGUUCUGCUCAUCGGAGCCGACGACCGCGAGAAUGGCUGGAUUGGCGAGUCGCUUGCUGAACACGCCGUCGUCAGCAAUGCGCCCAAGGCCCGUGGUCUGAGUGUGGUCAAUACUGAUAUGAUGAGUGUGGGCACCAGGGAGAAGAUGUACGCGCAAGGAGGCAUCUUCAGUAUCACCUCACGGAUAUUGAUUGUGGACUUUCUCUCUGGAUUGCUGGACCCCGUAGUUGUCACUGGCUGCGUAGUACUGCACGCUGACAGAGUCAUCGCGACAUCUGUCGAGGCGUUCAUUCUGCGCAUCUAUCGCCAGAAGAACAAGGCAGGUUUUUUGAAGGCGUUUUCGGACAACCCAGAGCCGUUCGCCACCGGUUUCUCGCCAUUGGCGACCAUGCUCCGAAAUUUGUUUCUGCGGAAGCCAGGCUUGUAUCCGCGAUUCCAUGUCUCCGUGGCCAAAUCGCUUGAAGGCCGUCGGAAAGCCGAGGUCAUCGAGCUGGAAAUACCGAUGACUGACAGCAUGAGAGCAAUCCAGCAGGCUGUCAUGGAGUGUGUCGAAGUCAGCGUAGCUGAGCUAAGAAAAGGCAAUUCGGGCACCAUCGACAUGGAAGAGUGGAAUCUUGAUAGCGCGCUUCACAAGAACUUCGAUACCAUCAUCAGACGGCAGCUUGACCCUGUGUGGCAUCGAACAAGCUUCAGAACAAAACAGAUAGUGUGGGAUCUGUCACUUCUACGUAACAUCCUCCACGCUGUCCUAACGUACGAUGCUGUCGAGUUCAAUCGAUACUUGGACACGGUCCGUGCUGCUUCUCAACCUCCUCCUGGAUCUACGCGCUUGAGCCAGUCACCGUGGCUUUUCCUUGACGCAGCUCAUACACUGUUCGAUACAGCCAGGCGCCGUGUCUAUACUGGCAAGCUUACCAACCAGAAUGCCAGCGGUAAUGCCACCAACGCAGGACCAGACGCUCUCAGUCCCGUCCUUGAAGAACUUCCUAAAUGGGCCAUGCUCGCAGAAGUCUUGGAGGAGAUUGAGAGGGACGUCUAUUUCAAUCCCCAACCACAGGAUGAUUCAAGUGGUGCCAUUUUGAUCAUGUGUAGUGACAGCAGUACUUGUCGCCAAGUUCGAGAGUAUCUCCAAACCAUGCACGUCAAGCUCGAAGACCAGAAGAAUGGAGAAGACACGCCGGAAGAAGGACCUUCUGCAGCGUACAUGAUGCGGAGAAAGCUUCGGAAUUAUGUUAACUGGAAGCGAGAUUUCGGAAGGGUCAGCGCCUCGCUCUUCGCAGAAAACCAAAAGGCCAUCAACACAGAUUCGCGCGGUGGCCAGGCAGCUCGUGGAAAAGCACCGCCAAACAAGAGAAGACGUGUGAGAGGUGGUGCUUCUGCUGGCUCUGGUAUGUCGAGGACUGUCAGUGGAAACAUCCAGCAGAACUUUGACAAAGAUGCACACAUACAAAGCUUGCUCGCGGAGCUCCAGCCUACCGAGGCAGAAACCCAGCAGAAAGGUGAGGUCGCUGCUGAUCCCCUGGAAGACAUGGAUGGCCACUACGAAAUGUAUGAAAUGAAGGAUCUUCUUGUGGUCCAUCCGUAUGACGGCGACAUGGACGAGCACGUGCUUGACGAGGUUAAGCCACGCUACGUUAUCAUGUAUGAACCCGAUGCGGCAUUCAUCCGCCGGAUUGAAGUCUACCGCAGUUCGCACACCGACCGCAACGUCCGCGUCUACUUCAUGUAUUACGGUGGGUCCGUCGAAGAGCAGCGGUAUCUCAGCGCUGUGCGGCGCGAGAAAGAUGCCUUCACGAAGCUCAUCCGCGAGCGUGGUAACAUGGCCGUCGUCCUUGACAACGGUACCAGCGCACUUGAUCCAGAGGAAGCCUUCCUCCGUACCGUCAACACUCGCAUCGCUGGUGGUGGACGUCUUGCCGCAACUGCUGCCCCGCCGCGCGUUGUCGUCGACGUCCGCGAAUUCCGCUCCUCACUCCCUUCACUUCUCCACGGCCGCAACAUGGUAGUCGUGCCCUGCAUGCUGACAGUCGGCGACUACGUCCUGACACCCAACAUCUGCAUCGAGCGCAAAAGCAUUCGCGACCUGAUCUCCUCAUUCAACAACGGCCGCCUCUACAACCAAGCCGAGACGAUGCUCCAGCAUUACAAGAGCCCAAUGCUGCUGAUCGAGUUCGACCAAAACAAGUCCUUCACGCUUGAACCCUUCGCCGACCUCUCCAACUCCGUCGGCGCCGCCGCCAUGGCCGCCCCCGACCUGCAAGCCAAGAUCGUGAUGCUCACACUUGCUUUCCCGCGCCUGCGUAUCAUCUGGUCGUCGUCGCCAUACCAAACAGCCGAGAUCUUCGAGGAGCUGAAGAAGCAGCAGGAGGAACCGGAUCCGGUCAAGGCGGUGCAGAUCGGGCUCGAGGACGGCGAAGACCCGGCCUCCAAGACAUACAGCCAGAUUCCGCAGGAUAUGCUGAGGGUCGUGCCGGGCUUGAGUGGUAACGAAAAGGCCCUCCAGCGCAUCACGCUCCAUGUGGAGAGUGUGUUGGAGUUGGCGAACAUGGAGGAAGAGGAGAUUUGCGAACUUAGUGGGAGGGAAAUCGGGAGGCAGAUUCAUAGGUUCUUCAAUCGCGAUGUUUAUGCGGAUUGAGGGCGUGCGCUGCUUUGGUGAGCAACCUUCUGCAUGCGAUAGAUUUGUGUCCAGUUGUCUGCUACGCUGUGCAGAUGGAAAGUAGACUGGUUUGUGUAGAUGCUGUUGUCCACGUCCCCAUAUUAAACGCUACUGCGGAGAAGCGGAAGUUCUUCAAGCCUUUUCGGUUUGGAAUCUUAC